AUGCCAAGAUCCAAAAUAACAGCUGAUUUGGUUUCGACCCUGGGGUCACGGCUUGAGAACACAAAAGUUGUUACCGAAACAUCGCCUGACUAUGGGGAAUGUAUUGCCCGUUGGUCUGAUACUGCGGUAAAGCGAGCAGGCGUCGUACUUUUUCCAUCUACUGCGCAAGAUAUAUCUAUCGUCGUCAAGUUUGUCCAGGAGCAUAAUAUUGAUCUUGCAGUCAAAUGCGGGGGUCACUCGGUAUCUGGAACUAGUUCGAGCGAUGGCGGGAUAGUUAUAGACUUGGGCCGUAUGCGAGGAGUUACUGUUGAUGCUGCUACGAAAGUUAUUACUGCCCAAGGCGGCGCCCUCUGGGCGGAUGUUGAUAACGCGGCAGCAGAAUACGGUCUCGCGACUGUUGGCGGCACUGUGAAUCAUACCGGCAUUGGAGGGCUUACCCUUGGUGGUGGCUAUGGCUGGCUCAGUGGGAGAUACGGAAUGGUGGUCGACAAUCUUUUGUCAGCCACUUUGGUACUUGCCGAUGGCUCAGUUGUAACGGCCUCGUCUACCGAAAACCCUGAUCUCUUUUGGGCCGUCCGUGGCGCCGGACAUGGCUUCGGAAUAGCUGUAGAAUUUCAAUACCGUUGCUAUGAACAGAAAGGCGAAGUAUUUUCAGGCCUGCUUACCUUUACUCCUGACAAGCUAGAGCUGGUACUUGACUUCCUGAAUUCUCUUCUUGAGGAACUCGAUGCGAACACUGCUGCAGUUUGCAUGCUUGGGCAGCCUCCCGGAGCCUUGGUUCCAGUGGUCGCUGUCUCUCCAAUCUACAUUGGACCUGAGGAAGAGGCAAGAAAUAAAUUUAAACCUCUAUUUGCUCUUGGACCGGAGCUGGGCAAGACCUACAUGAUGCCUUACGUUAAGUUAAAUGCCCUUUUCACUGACAUGACGGCUCACGGGGGCAGAAAAACUUUCAAAGGCACAUUUUUCCUUAAGCCAGUGAGACCAGCAUUUGUACGCUCGAUUCUCGACAAUUUCACGACAAAACUGCAAUCUGACUCUGAUUUAUUGGGAUCGGCAAUUGCUCUAGAGUUUAUGGACAUGCGCAAGGUGUGCGAGGUACCUCUUUCAUCAACCGCCGUCGCCAAUCGCAGUAUGAACACUCUUAACGGGAUAGUUGGCUUGCGGUGGAAGGAGAGCUCAAACGAUGCCCAGCAUCGUGAAUAUGGACGUCAGCUCCAAGCACUGUUCAAGGAAGAACUCGAUUCACAACUGCUGGAGAGAAACAUAACUCCAGACGGUGUCCCACAAUACCUGAAUUAUGCUGAACCUGGUGACAUUGCUGUUCCUGAGAUAUUCGGAGAAAAUACCACGAGGCUACAAAAGCUCAAGGCACAAUAUGACCCUGGCUGCCUCUUUAGCAAGAUGCUCUCAAUUACCCCUGUUGCAUGA